AUGAAAACGACAGCAUCCACCACCACAACUAGUGUCGUUCCCCCAUCAACGACAGAAGUAAUCGACGUCGAAUCAUUUCAUCUCCCUCCGACCACCACCAGAACCUCCACCCCCGUCGUCAUCGACCUUUCCGACGGUGAAGACGACGACGAAGUUAGGAUACUGAAUUUCGUUCCCAAAAUCAAUCCUUUGCGAAAACGACAAAGGAUCAACGUGGAAAAAGGUGAGUCUUCGUCGGCUAAUGCGAAUAAGAACGUCGUACCAUUUAGCUGCGAAAUCUGCACGGAAACGAAAACUGCGAGCGACGCUUUCUUCAUCGGCGGUUGUUCACAUGCGUAUUGCUCUGAUUGCGUGGCUUUGUACGUAAGUUCGAAGCUGGAAGAUAACGUGAUCAAUGUAAGAUGUCCUGUUUCUGGUUGCAGUGGUUUGUUGGAAGCUGAGGAUUGUCGUUCGAUUCUUCCGGUGGAGGUUUUUGAUCGGUGGGGGAAGGCGGCGUGUGAGGCGUUGUUUGAUGUAUCUGAGAAAUUCUAUUGUCCGUAUGCUGAUUGUUCUGCUCUUUUGAUCAAUGAUGGGACGGAGACUGUUAUGAAUUCGGAGUGUCCGAAUUGUCGUAAGAUGUUUUGUGCUCAAUGUAAGGUUCCGUGGCACGAUGGGAUCGAAUGCAGCGAGUUCCAGAAGCUGAACGCGGACGAGAGAGGGAAAGACGAUGUUAUGCUGAUGCGGCUCGCGAAGGAUAUGAAUUGGAGGAGAUGCCCUAAUUGUAGGUUCUAUGUUGCGAAAUCGCAAGGUUGCUUGUUCAUGAGAUGCAGGUGUGGAAUUGCCUUCUGUUACAACUGUGGAGUUCGUAACAAUAAUGUUAGCAGUCAUUUUUGCAACAACUGUAGACACUGA